UGUUUUUAAGAUGUUUCGCUCCUGUUCAAGUUGUGGAAGUUUUUGACUCCUACUACUAGUGGAGCCUCCAAUCCCUACAACUUGAACUGUGACCUUCAAGCCUUGGUACUUCAACCAUGUAUCAUCCUUUCAAAAGGUCGAAACGCUCGCGAGAAACGACAGAUUCUCCAUCGUAUCGAGCGCGUUCGCUGUCUCCAAGGCUCAAACAGCGGUAUCGUAGUCCAACUCAUCCGAGUCUGCCGUCCAACUUUUUACAGUUUGUUGGUCUCAUUGUUGUCAUUAUCAUAUUUGGCAGUCUUUAUAUCUCGCUGUCGAAAUCGGUGUCGCGACGUACAGGGACGUCGCCUACUCCACCGAACACCACAGAUUUCGGAAUAGGUCCAACUCGAGUACGUUCACCGUCACCAAAAAUCGUUGAUCGAACCGUCCUUCAUGUUCUUCAUGAUAUCCACGAACCCAAUGAUCACCACGAUCUAUCUCCCUCAACAGUCACACGACCCCAUCUCAAAUGGCCCCCGAUUGUCACCAGAAUUCCUGAGCCUAAAGAUGUUCCAGAACAUACAAUCGUUCACGUUUCUAGUAUACUGUCAGCUGCUGCCGCAGUCCAAUUUGACGAAUCAGUUUGUGGUUCAUUCCCAUGUCGCUUUCUUCUUCCUCUCCGUGUCGCCGAGCAAGAACCGAAAACCCAUCUGCACCUCCACCAACUAGCUAUUCUCGCAAGUAGCUUGAAUCGCACUCUUGUUCUCCCGAAUGUAGGCAACAAUCGCAUGGGGGCUUGUUCCAAAUGGUCGUUUGAUUUAUAUUACGACGUGGACCCGCUCAGAAGCGCCCUCCCCGCUAUCAGCACUUUGCCUUUCACUGUAUUUAACAAUUGGAGCGAAACGCGUUCCAUCUUACCUACAAGCAGAACCAUAUCUUUCAGCGUCAGCAAAAGUGGCGAACGAGAUUUACUGCCUGAUGACCAUUUCACCAUCGAUCAUGGCCUUGCAGAUCACAAAGUCGCUUCCUGCCUAAACUCUAAAUUUCCUAGACUUUACCAAAGCUCUUCUAUAAUUUCCUUCAAGUUCUACCGCAACAAUCCGAUCAAGCCAUCGACAAGCCAGCGUCUUAUCCAGAUUCUCUCAGAGGCUGUGGAUUCCAUGGAAUAUUUCUCAGACGAACUUGCCGCGCUUCCGAGAUCUGACGUGUUAGCCAUCGAAUGGGAUCUACGCCACCCAAUCUUCCCUGAGCCCAACAUAGACCUGCAAUACUCUCAUGCGCUUGUUGAGUUUGCAGAAAGAUUAGCAAGCUUCACAGGAUCCUAUAUUGCGGUGCAUUGGCAACUAGAACGUGUUCCGGUAGAAAAUCUUGCGUGGUGUGCGGCAUCGCUCGUCUCUACUCUUCGUUCAGUGCUCGGCGACGAUGACUCGGGGUCUCAGCUAGUCUGGUUCGCUACCGACUACCACACCUUUUCAGAACAGCCAAGUGGUGUGAAGACUAAGAGCGCGAGAUCUGGGACUUUUCGAGUUGUCACGCCCGAGCAUGAGGAAGCCAUGAACAUCCUUCAGGACGCAUUCCAAACAGGUGGUGAUCUGGAGGGAUAUGCCAUGACUGAGUUACCAUCGCAGAUAAAAAGGCUGAGAAUGUUCGAGGGGAACGUUCAGUUUGAAGAAGAGAUUCUGGAAGACUCAGGAGUUUCAGGUAUCCUAGACAAGUUGGUGGCGAUGCAGUCUCAGGUGUUUGUCAGCGGAUCUAAGGCUUGCAGCAAGACGAGUUCCUCUUCGAAGCAAAUAGUCGAAUUUCGAGAGAGCGUAAUGAGGGAUAUGGAAAUUGCUCUGGACAUCCGCAACGUCGUGGAGUUAUUUGGAGAAUGGUAGCGAGUUUAGUUCCUGAAGUUGAAGUGGACAAAUGAGAAGGAACGCGAAGGAAAGCAUAGUAUAGUCAUGCAUGGAACAUGCU